CAGAGGGGACAGCAGCGGCCCCGGGCAGCCCGGGGGGCUCUGGGGAAAUCCCCCCCCGAUCCGUCCCGCGGCGCAGGGCGGCCCCCAAAACACAAAAGCCCCACGGGGACGGGAGGAACCGGGGGGGGGGGGGGGACGACACAAAGCCUGGGGUGCGUGCGGGGUCACAGGGAGACGGGGGAGCACGUAAGGGUUAAAAGGGACCGGGAGGGGCGACAAGAAGGCCCCGAAGGGCCGCAGCUGUGAGAGGGCCCCGCAGGGGGCAGAUUGGGGGGCGGGGAACGACUUCCCAGGGGACGGUAAUGGGGGGAAGGAUUCCCCCACUCCUCCUCCAGGGUCAAUAGCGGGGGAAGGAUUCCCGGACCCGCCCGGGCCGGGACCGCCCCGCUCCCAUCCGCCCUCGGUCGCCCGGGCAACUCCUGCCCGGCCUCAAAAUGGCGGCUCUGCCUCAUGGAGUCGUGAGGCGCACACGCGAUGCCGCCCCGCUCUCCGGCCUCGUCGCCGGAAGUGCUGGAAGAGGCGGAGGGGAGGGGCGGGCGCUUCCGGUUCCGGGUCAGCGCCUGCGGCCGGAGGAAGGGGGGCCGCGGCUGUUGGUGCAGUGCCGGGGCGGCGCGGAGCGGCACGGGGAGGGCCCGCGGCAGGUACAGGCCCCGCGGAGCCCCACUCGGCCCCGGAGGCCAAGACCCACAGCAGCAUCUUCCUCCCGGAGUUGGGGGGGGGGGGGGGACCGGGGAUGUCCCCUCACUGAGGACAACGCCGUCCCCUCCCGCCCGCUGCCGCUGCCCCCCCCCACAGCCGGGGGGUCGACCGAGGAGGACUGCAGCCACCGGGCGCCCCGAUCCCACGCGAUGUCGGCGAAGUGGAGGGCGAGCCUGCUGGCGUGUGAAGGGCUCUCCGGCGUCUGCCUGGUGCCCACGGUGGCCAGCAAGAAGAUGAUGCCGAAGCAGAGCUCGAAGCAGGCGGAGGGCAGGGAGAGGGGCAGCAGCCCCGACGUGCUGGCACUGCGUCAGGAUGGGGAGAAGUCCCGCAGCCGAAAGGAGGAGGAGACGGCGGAGGCGUCGCAGCCCAAAAAGUCCAUUAAAAAGGUGGUGGUGAUCAAGCAGAACUGCUCCUUCCAGCUGAGGAUCCACAAGAACUUCAUCUGCGAGCAGUGCUGCGGGGCGUUCCGUAGCAGUUACCACCUCAAGAGGCACAUCCUCAUCCACACCGGCGAGAAGCCCUUUGAGUGCGACGUGUGCGACAUGCGCUUCAUCCAGAAGUACCACCUGGAGCGCCAUAAGCGCGUGCACAGCGGCGAGAAGCCCUACCAGUGCGAGCGCUGCAUGCAGAGCUUCUCCCGCACAGACCGGCUGCUGCGACACAAGCGCAUGUGCCAAGGCUGCCAGACCAAAGGCCCCGAGGCGCAGCUGCUGCUGUAGGGCCGAGUGCUGGGAGGCGGCCGUGUCCCCCCCCCACCCCCCCGCGCCGCCCCUGGACUUCCCGACCAGGUCCCGACACUGUACAUAGGCUGAGGAUGAGCUGGAACCCUUCUCCCGCACAGCGGCAGCAGCGGGGGUGGCUCUGCCCACCCCCUGCCUCGAGACCCCCCCGCCCCGUCCCGCCGCUGCCAUUGCCUCUCGGGGUUGGCUCCGAGCGGGGUGAGCACCUCCAGAGCAGCCCCCAGCCCGCAGGAAGGACGUGGGGUGGGGUGGAGCCCUCCCACCCCCCAACCCCCUCCGCUGUGUGAGAAAAGAGAAGCAGAAGGCAGAGCUCCCCCCCACCCCCCUCCCCCUGACUCUGGGGGCUGUGGUGCUUCUCCUCCUCAUUGCGGUUGUUCUUUUUGCCCUUUUCUGCUCCUUUUCACCACUGUCACCUCCACCUUUGGGGAGGGGGGGAGCCCCAAACCCCCCACCCUGACCCCCCAGGGUGGGGGCCCAAAGCCAUCACAGUGGGGCUGGGGAGAGCGUGGCAACCGUACAGCUGAGGAUCCCUGAAGGGGUGCCCCAGUAUCACUGUAGCCCCUCCCCCUUCCCUGUCUGCCUCCCACCUGCCCCUAAAAGCAAACAGAACUGCUGGGAGUGGCCCGGGGCGGGGGGGGGACAGGGGGUGCAGCGGAAGCUUCACCCCAACCUGAAACCCCACAGCGGGAGGAGCUGCGCCUGGGGGGCCGUUCCCAUGGGUGGGGGCGGAAAGGGGCCCAGCGGCCCCACUGGUGUCCCACGCGGUGUCCCUGUUGUCGUCCCAUGGCGCUGCUGGGGGGCUGGGGGGGCCCUCUGGGGACACGGGAACCCCCCCGGUGCAGCCAUCAGCACUGUGCUGGGUCACUGUGGGGCGGGGUCACCCCAAACUCCAUGGGGGCUUCAUGAAUUGCGGGGGGGACAAGGAAGUGGAGCGAAACCCCUGCCCACACCGACCCCCCCAUGCUGCCUGGAAAGCCCCACGGCUUCGUUUUUUUGUUUUGUUUUGUUUUGUUUUUUGGGGGGGUUUUGUUUUGUUUUUAAUAUACUUAUUUUGCUAUGGGGGAAGGGAAAGACUUGGGGUGGGGGGUGGGGGCCGGGAGGUAGAGGGGGGGGGGCGUCACUUUUAAGCUGUAGUUUUUAUAAGAUGUCAUAAAGUCGUCUCUUUUUACCAGUAGCGUGGUGUCGGUCCUUGGUGGCGUUCGUUAGGGUAUUUAAAUAAACGUCAUUCUCCUUUUCUA